AUGGAUGCCUCUGUGACAUCUCCCGAUGCAACUGUGGAAGAAGUGUCCAGAGACCUAGCGAGUCGCCCAGAAGAAGCGCCAGGUCCGAAGGUGGAUUUCGGGUUUCUACCUGUUCCUACGGCGGUACGAUAUGAUCCUGCCCAUCCGAUCCACUUCGGCCUCGGGAUGAACAUACUCUUCGGCCUUGCCAGCACGUGCUCUGCCGCCAACUUGUACUACUGCGUGCCGAUCCUCAUUCAACUAGCUGACGCGUUUGGAGUAACCGAGGGCGAGGUUUCCCAGGUUCCGACUCUGAUGCAGGCGGGCUACGCCGUUGGGCUCCUCCUCCUGGCCCCGCUCGGAGACCUUGUCCGCCGUCGUCCCCUCAUCCUACUUCUCACGUUCCUCGCUGCAAGCUUCACGAUCGGCCUCGCUGUGACAUCGAGCUUAGUCGCCUUUGAGGUCCUCAACUUCUUCGUCGGCUUUUGCACCAUCGUUCCCCAGGUCCUCAUCCCGCUUGCCGUCGACCUCGCACCGCCCGAGCGCCGUGCAUCCGCCCUCUCCAUCGUUAUCUCCGGUCUUCUCCUCGGCGUCCUGAUCUCGCGACUACUCGCGGGAAUCGUCGCGCAGUUCGUGACGUGGCGCGUGGUGUACUACAUCGCCGUCGGCAUACAAUACAUCAUCUUCGCACUGCUCUACUGGUACCUUCCAGACUACCCCGCGAAAAACCCGGACACGACAUACUUCGGUAUCUUGUACAGCAUGGCGCGGUACGCUGUGACGGAGCCGGUCCUCGUCCAGGGGGUGCUCAUGACGAUACCCUCGAGCGCGGUUUUCACCAACUGGUGGGUCACACUCACGUUCAUUCUCAACGGCGCGCCGUACCACUACUCCACGCUCGUCAUUGGCCUGUUCGGCAUCAUAGGCAUCGUCGGCGUCGCCCUCGCCCCCCUCAUCGGCCGCCUCAUCGACGGCCUCGUCCCUUACUCCGCCACCCUCCUCGCGCUCUUCGGCCUCCUCGCCACCUUCGCCAUCCAGGCCGCGGCCGCGGGAACCUCCGUCGCCGCGGUGGUGAUCGUCGCGAUCGGCAUCGACGUCUUCCGUCAGAUGCAGCAGACCUCGAUCGCGGUCAACGUGCUCGGGCUCGACCCGCGCGCGCGCUCGCGGCUCAACGCGGUGCUCAUCCUCGCGCUCUUCGUCGGACAGGUGAUGGGCACGAGCGUGGGCUCGGAGGUGUUCACGCGGCUCGGGUGGAGGGCGAACGCGGCGCUGAAUCUUGGAUGGGCGGGGCUGUCGCUCGUGGUGCUGCUGGUGCGUGGUCCGCAUGUUCCGAGGUAUACGUGGGUCGGGUGGGAAGGUGGGUGGGAGCUGCGGAAGUCGAAGUUGGUGGCAGGGGAAGGGGAGAUGGGCGCACCAGAAGACGUCACCGCAGUGACAACGCAGGUGCAUGACGGGGAGAAGGACGAGGCGCGAGCGGGAGAGAAGGCUCUCCCGCCCGCUGUAUAG